GCCUGGAUUUCUGUUGCUGCGGUCCGGGGGCGGGGCGGAUCAAAGGCCAGCCAAGAGUAUUGGUCCUGGAUCUACAAAUACAUCAGGCUUUUUCCUCCUCCCUCAACCUCCUAAAUCCCAAUGAGGUCAUAGCAAUGAGAGAGAAUCAGCUCGAGAGAAAGGGGGAGGAAGAGGACGACGACGAGGGAGAAGAAACCCAGACGGAAAGAGGCCAUCAGACAAGGUCGCUUUUUCUGGCGACAUAGCAACUGCAAGGAGCGUGGUGCUGAAUAUCAUCCGCCCGCUCUGCCUGGGGACCCAGAGACUUGCAGAAGCACUUUGCAUUGCCACGAAAACAAAGGAGAGGAGACGAAAGGGAGAGGGAGAGAGAAGCUCGGAGCAGUUCCCUUUGGAUCUCCGCGAAGCAAAGCUCCUCUCCUCGGCAAUAAAACAGAAGGGACCGUGUGAAAGGGUCUAGUACGCUGAGGAGGGCGCGGGUUUCCCUGCGGAGAUUUGGGACGCGGCAGAACUCUGGACAGCGCCUGGGGAGCAAGGCUCGGAGCUCCCUGGGCUCCUCCAGGUUUCCGGCUCCUUAAAAGCCCUGGUACUGGUGUGCAAUCUUCGCACCACCGAACCCGGAAAGAUCCUUCUACGAUCCCUAUCUGAACGUGCCAGGGGGUGGAGCAGCUCCUUUGCCUCUGGCCCAGCCAGGGAAGGUCUUCGUUUCUGGAAAUCCAGCCCUUGUGGAUAAUGCCUCGCUCUUGAAGAAAGAAAAGUUUUGGGAUCUGGUAGGGGGUGGAAGGGGUAAGGAGAAUAGUGGAAGAAAAAAAGGUAGAUGGUUGAUUUCCCUCUCUGAUCUGGAAGGAAGAUGACCGAGGAAGGAUGUGCACCAGCGGUCAGAUUAUUGGGAGCCUCCUGGUGCUCUCCGUGCUGGAGAUAGGGCUGGGGGUGUCCAGCGUGGCCGUGGGGGCGGUCAGCUUCAGCCUGGCCCUCCGAGAGCACAAGCCGCAGCUCGGAGACUCGUCCCCGGUAUGGAGCGGGGUGUGUUUUCUUCUUUGUGGCAUUUGUGGAAUAUUGUGCGCCAAAAAAAAAUCAGGACUUGUCAUGAUCCUCUUUUCAGCCUGCUGUAUCUGUGGACUCAUUGGGGGCAUCCUGAAUUUUCAGUUCCUCCGGGCAGUCACAAAGAAAACUUCCUCCCUAUACCCUCUGCACCUUGCCUCCAUGUCUCUUGCGUGCAUUGGGAUCGGGGGCUGCACUCUCUCUUCCUGGCUCACUUGUCGACUAGCCAGUUAUGAACAGAGGAGGAUGUUCUCAGAAAGGGAGCAUUCCCUGCAUCACUCUCAUGAAAUGGCUGAGAAAGAAAUGACAGACAACAUGAGCAAUGGAGGACCACAGCUGAUAUUUAAUGGAAGAGUAUAAUCAAUGUUUUAAAGAAUUGAACACUUUUUAGGAUUUUCAUGAGGCAAUGAGACACCAAAGGACUAGAAAAUAAAACAGUUUUUGCAUUUGCAUUUAUCUCUCCUGAGCAUCCACUAAAAUUAUUCUUCCUAAAAAAUAUAUUGCCUCACUGGUUUCUCUACCCUUUUUUUAUGGGUUAAAAAACUUUCCAGAAACAUUCUAGUACAAUAAUUUCAAGAGGCUUUCCAGAUUGUUCUAAAGAAGACUUCAGGAAAAAGAAAUAAUAAAACAGAAAUAAAAUGCAUAUUCUAUACAAACACUAUUUGACUAGCAUGAUUAUUAUAUUUGUAAUGACAUAUUUCAUAUGAGUAAUUGAAAAGUGCAAAUAUCAAGAAAUAAAAAUAACUUACUGAUAUCUUUGUUUUGAAAGACA